GGGGGGACGGGGGACGUCGGAGGGGCUCUGAGGGGGAGCCUGAGGGGGAACCUGAGGGGCUCCGGGGGCUCCUCCGUCGCUGCUCCCCGCCGGCGUCCCGCCGGCAGCGAGGCAAAGUCCUCCGCGAAACUUCCUCGCGGGACUUUGAGCAACUUGAGGCCGCGGAAGGUGUCGCCGAGCGCCGCGCAGGGAGCGGCCCCUGCUUACCCCGGUGCGUGGGGCGGGACCCCCGCGGGCGGAGCAGCUGGAUUGGGAGUCAUCUGGAACAGAAACUCAUAUUUCACAUGUGAAGCUCUUCACUUCAGAAUUAGUUAUCUGUCUUGAAUGAACUUAUUUCUACAUAUUUAUAGUUUCGUUUAGACUGCUAAAUACAGACCAUGCCUAGCAGAAUGGGCUCAAAAAUGGAUUUGAACAAAGACUUCAUCAAAGUAAAAACACACUACAGUGGGGACAUCCUGAUAACAAACCUGGAUGCCUCAAUGAGCUACGAUGAACUCUGUGAUGAGGUGCACGAGAUGUGCAACCUGCAGCAGGAACAGCCAAUUACCCUCAAGUGGAUUGAUGAUGAAGGUGACCCCUGUACCAUCUCGUCUCAGAUGGAGCUGGAGGAAGCCUUCCGUUUGUACUGCCAGAACAGGGACGAGGGGCUCAUCAUCCACGUUUUCCCAAGUAUUCCAGAGAAGCCCGGCAUGCCUUGUCCAGGAGAAGAUAAAUCCAUCUACCGCCGGGGCGCCCGAAGAUGGAGGAAGCUGUACCGAGUGAAUGGGCAUUUGUUCCAAGCCAAGCGCUUUAACAGAAGAGCGUACUGUGGCCAGUGCAGUGAAAGGAUAUGGGGGCUCGGAAGGCAAGGCUACAAGUGUAUCAACUGCAAGCUGUUGGUCCAUAAACGUUGUCACAUCCUUGUCCCACUGACCUGCAAAAGGCAUAUGGAUUCGGUCAUGCCUUCCCAGGAACCCCGGAUAGGUGAGAAAAACGAUGAAGUUGAUCUCCCUUCAGAAGACACUGAUGGAAUUCCCUACAUUCCUUCAAACAGGAAACAUGACACCAUUAAAGAUGACUCUGAGGAUAUCAAACCAGUCAUUGAUGGAAUGGAUGGAAUUAAGAUUUCUCAGGGGCUUGGACUCCAGGACUUUGAUUUAAUCCGAGUUAUCGGCCGUGGAAGUUACGCCAAAGUUCUGCUGGUUCGGUUAAAAAAGAACGAUCAGAUCUAUGCUAUGAAAGUGGUGAAAAAGGAAUUGGUCCAUGACGAUGAGGAUAUUGAUUGGGUACAGACAGAGAAACAUGUGUUUGAACAGGCAUCCAGUAACCCAUUCCUAGUUGGUUUACACUCAUGCUUUCAAACAACGAGUCGAUUGUUUCUUGUCAUAGAGUAUGUGAAUGGGGGAGACCUCAUGUUCCACAUGCAACGGCAGAGGAAGCUUCCUGAAGAACAUGCAAGGUUUUAUGCUGCUGAAAUUUGUAUAGCUCUAAACUUCCUCCAUGAAAGAGGCAUCAUCUACAGAGAUCUGAAACUGGACAAUGUUCUCUUGGAUGCAGAGGGUCACAUCAAAUUAACAGACUAUGGCAUGUGCAAGGAAGGUUUGGGCCCUGGUGACACUACAAGCACUUUCUGUGGGACACCAAAUUAUAUUGCACCAGAGAUCCUCAGAGGAGAAGAAUAUGGGUUCAGUGUGGACUGGUGGGCUCUGGGCGUGCUGAUGUUCGAGAUGAUGGCGGGACGGUCCCCGUUCGACAUCAUCACUGACAAUCCAGACAUGAACACUGAAGAUUACCUCUUCCAAGUUAUUCUUGAGAAGCCAAUCCGGAUUCCAAGGUUUCUUUCUGUCAAGGCUUCCCAUGUGUUAAAAGGAUUUUUAAACAAGGAUCCCAAAGAGAGGCUUGGCUGUCAGCCCCAGACAGGAUUUGCUGAUAUCAAGUCCCACACGUUUUUCCGCAGCAUCGACUGGGAUCUGCUGGAGAAGAAGCAGACGACCCCUCCGUUCCAGCCGCAGAUCACGGACGAUUACGGGCUGGACAACUUCGACACGCAGUUCACCAGCGAGCCCGUGCAGCUCACCCCGGACGAUGAAGAUAUCAUAAAGCGAAUAGAUCAGUCAGAAUUUGAAGGAUUUGAAUAUAUUAAUCCAUUGUUGCUGUCAACAGAAGAAACAGUAUGAAGGGAUGAGCUGGUUGGGGACAGUGUGACUGACAUUAAUUUAUCCUUAACUCCAGUAUAUGCAUGCGAGGCUGGGACUGCUCACUCGGGAUGGAGACCAAUGAUCUAAAAACAAAUUUGCUGCUGAGAAUCAAAGAAGAGAAUAACGGUUUUGGUGGGUGUCCUCUGCCACUUAGUGACUCUUGAGUUCUGGGCACUGACACGACUGGCUUCAUUAAUGAAGGAAUUUGCAUUUUGUGCCUGUUUCAUGAAGGAUUCAAACGUUCAUUGCAUCCCUGCAAAAGGAGAUCAUGAGAAACUUUGAGAUCCACACACUUUCUACAAACAUUCGAUGCAAUGAGCUCCCAGUUGAAGAGUAUUCCAGUGUAACAUCCUGAAGAAUAAAAUAUAUUACGGUGGUGUUGAAGCUUA